AUGGCGCCCGUGACCGAAAUCACAUUCUAUGCCUGUUUAUCCGUGGCCGGACAUCUAUGGAUUAAACCACCCCCGGUGUACUCUGCACUGGCCUUUUUGUUUCUAAUAAAUAUAAAGGCCUGGCCACUUUCUUACACCGCUCGCCUGCUUCCGGCUCUCGUUCGGACCUAUGUCCUUCCUGCUCCCGUUAUGCAGCUGCCAGCAGAAAAGUCAAUCGAGGUGCUGUUUUGCGCGCAAAGCCAACGUUCAUGGGCCUGCCCGCUAGAAUGCGAUAUAAACAUGCAUAAGUCCAACAGCACAUUUCUUGUGGACCUUGAUACCAGUCGCGCCAAUCUACUAGCCCAGCAACUGGUACCAGCGUGUCGGGCAUUAAAUGGUGUACGACUUAUCCUCGGAGCCGUUGAUACCAAUUUCUAUCGCGAAAUACUACCUUUUCAAUCUUACGAAACACGCUCCCGAAUUUUGACAUGGGAUAGUAAAUGGAUUUCGAUCGUCACAUAUUUAGUUCAACCCGGGACCGAAGUGGAGGAUGGGACUGUCGGGCUGUCGGACUUCCUUGGUCGUCAGCGAGAAAAAAAGAGGCUUUUUGCUGUGGCCCUCUCUCGGUACGUCGCGAAGAAAGGGCGACGCACGGUGGCCCCAGAGGAUCUUCUGAAGGCCGGAUGCUACAUCGGCGGGGCCGAUGGAAAUUUGCAAAUGGCGCAGGAAAGGGAAAGGGAACAGUGGGACAUGUGGCAGAAACUCUAG